UGGUUCUUUCCGCACGUCUGCUGAUGUAACGAUAUGCCGGUUGCAAAGGGGAAACUCGGGCUUAUGCAUUGCUAAGGCAGUCCACAUUGGCUACACGAACCUUCAUGCUGUCUUAAACUCUACAGCAUACGAUUCAACGUUGGAUAAUCAAAGUGUAACUGAGGGACUUAGCUAGCUAGGCAAAUAGUGUUAAAAUAGAUCAUGGGCGAGGAAAUGAACGAGAACACGAUCAACACAAAUGGUGCUGCUAACAGCAUGGGGGAUGUGAAUCACACCGCAGAAAAGACAACAGAUAGCGAUGUGAUAUACUACACAUUGGAAGAAAUAAAAGCUCAUAAUAUGAGCAAGGACACAUGGCUUAUCAUCCACGAUAAAGUGUAUAACAUCACCAGUUUCCUGGCGGAGCAUCCAGGAGGAGAGGAGGUUCUGGUGGAGCAGGCAGGUGCAGAUGCCACAGAGAGCUUCGAGGAUGUUGGUCACUCUACAGAUGCCAGAGAGUUGCUUAUCCAGUACUACAUUGGGGAGCUCCAUAUGGAUGACCGGAAGAAGGGCGGCACAAAGGAAGAAUUCAUUACAACAGGAGAUGGCUCGAGCUCGUGGACAACAUGGUUGAUACCUGCCAUAGCUGCAGUUGUUGUGGGUAUCAUGUAUCGAUACUACAUGCUGGAGCGCAAGUCUUCCUGAGCCCUGACGCUGUCGUCGCUUCUCAUUCUUUCUGUCUGGAGGCCUUGACAUGUUUGACCAAACCCCCCCCUUGCAUUGAACGUACACAACUUUUCAGAGGUGCGUCCCACUCAACUCACACAGUGCCCUCACCUUGAAGGAAAGGGAGGGAAAGGAUCAAACAAUCCCCUUGCCCCUCGGCUUUCUUUUCUAGACCUCACCCAACAGGCUGUGGGGUGAGAUGCAUCUGGAAACUUUCUGCCCUCAGUCUCGCUAAAUUGUUUUCUAAUCUAUUCAUAUUGUUUACCCACUCUGCCUUUUGAUACUUAUUGUGUGGUGUCUUAAGUUAGUUAUUCAUAUGCAAGUGAUCUCAACUGUAAUGUAUAUCUGCAAACUCUUGUCGCUAUCUGCUUUGUGGGACUUUUACAGUGAGCACCAAAAGUAUUGGGACAGUGAUUUUUGUUGUUUUGGCUCUACUCCAGCACUUUAAGAUUUUAGAUGAUACAAUGAGUAUGUGGUUAAGGUGCAGACUGUCAGGGUAUUUUCAUCCAUAUCGGGUGAACUGUUUAGAAAUUAAAACACUUUUUGUACAUAGUCCCCCCAUUUUAGGAGACCAAAUGGGACAAAUUCACUUGUGUAUUAAAGUUGCAAAAAGUGAAGUAUUUGGUCCCAUAUUCAUAGCACGCAAUGACUACAUUAAGCUUGUGAUUCUACAAAUUUGUUGGAUGCAUUUGUUUGUUUUGGUUGUGUAUCAGAUUAUUUUGUACCCAAUAGGGAUGAAUGGUAUAUAGUGUAUUAUUGUGCAAUUUCAGAGUCACUUUUAUUGUAAAUAAGAAAUUAAUAUGUUUCUAAACACUUCUACAUUAAUCUGAAUGCUACCAUGAUUACGGAUAAUUCUCAUUGAAUCGUGAAUGAGUGAGAAAUACACAUUUUAUCCCCAAGACAUGCUAACCUCUCACCAUUAGAAUAACAGGAGGUUAGCAUUUUGGGGGGCGAUAUAUUUGUGCAUCUAACUUUCUCAUCAUUAUUCACAAUUCAUUCAGGAUUAUCCAUAGUCAUGAUAGCAUCCACAUUAAUGGAUGCUACCAUGGGCAAAAAAUAAUCUGAAACACAACCAAAACAAACAGCAAAUGCAUCCAACACAUUUGUCCCCUAAAAUGGGGGGGGGGAGACUAUGUAUAACAAAAGUCUACACUUUAACCUCAUAGUCCUUAGCAUUUCAAAAGAACAGAAAAAUUGGGACUCUGCUGUCCCAAAACUUUUAGAGCUCUCUGUAUUUCUCUCUGUUUGUUCAGACAUGUUUAGUGGCUAACCCCACCAUCUCUAUGCUCUAGGUCUAGGAAGUAUACAUAUAUUUGUGUGUAGUAGAGCAUGGCAACCUAUGGGGUUAUGGGGUCAUAUCUAUAAGAAUGAAUGCUGUUUUCUUACACUGAGAAAUCUGAUUAGCAUGUUUUUUUAGUUUAGGUUAAGUUGCAUACUCCUCGUGAGUCUUCAGACUGCUGCCUAGUAUUUCAUAUCUGGUGACUGAAUAACAUAGGAAAAGCUAUCUGUUUGCUUGAGAAUAGAUUGUCAUGCAAUUUGUCAUUUCAAACUUUAAAAUGAUAAUUGAUUUGAACCAAUGACUUGAUUGAACAGUAUGCCUCAGUUAAAGUACAUCAUUUAUGUUCAGCCAUUAAUUGCAUUGCAUGCAUGCAUCGACUGAGUAGGCCUCGUUCUCGGAAUAUCUAUAUUUUGUCUUAAGGCUCCACGCCAUGUAUAUUCUCUUGAUGUGGUAUUGAUAAGUUAAAUUGAUAUUAUUUAAAAGUGAAAUGUUCUUAUCCCCAACUCCCCCUUUUCUAGUUACCUUUAAGCAUUUAUUUAAGCAUUUAUUUUGGUGAUACUAUGCUUUAAAAAACAUUAAGUAUGAGAUCAUUGGUGUGUGUUAUAUAUAUUAUAACCUGGAUUAAUUCUAUUGCAUUACACACAUUGUGCAGGAUAUAUUUUUGUCUUUUCCUAUGCACAUCCAUUAGCAAUUAAAAAAUACUGCCCUAUGUUGUGAGUGUUGUUGAAUUCUAAUGAUUGGACUCAAAUUGUACUCUUGAAGGCAUAAAAUACUUUUAUAUUCG